UCACAGGAGGCGAGGCUUAACAAACUGUUUUGCACUUUCCCAGUCUCUCUUUGCACAGAGCUGACUUCACUGACCGACUUUCCUCUUUCCUCUUUUCUAUCUCCCAUAUCUCCUGUCACCAUGGUUACCUCCGUGCUGCUUUUGGGCAUAUGUCUGGUCUUCAUCAUCAUGCAUCUCAAGUCUCGACGACCCAAGAAUUUCCCCCCUGGACCCACUGCGCUGCCAUUUUUGGGGAACAUGCACAAUUUGAGCCCAAGUAACCCUCUGAAUGACAUAGAGAAGUUGAGAAGGGUGUAUGGGAACGUCUACAGCCUGUACAUGGGGCACAGAGCUGCUGUGGUGAUUAGUGGGACCAAGGCUCUGAAGGAGGCUCUGGUUAGCAAGUCCGUGGACUUUGCUGGACGACCUCAAGACAUGUUCAUGAACGAUGUCGUUGAGCAAAGAGGGGUUGUCCUGGCUGACUACGGUCCGGCCUGGAAGGAGCAUCGUCGCUUUGCUUUGAUGACCAUGAGGAAUUUCGGAAUGGGAAAACAGUCAAUGGAGGAUAGGAUUCUGGGAGAAAUACAAUACACGAUAGACUUUCUGGAAAAAAAUACUGGUAAAACUUUGAGCCCUAACGUAAUGUUCCAUAGUAUUUCAUCCAACGUGGUGUCCCUGGUUUUGUUUGGCAUGCGGUACGAGCAUGAUGGUCCAUUCAUGACUAAACUUGUGAACAGCUUCGAUGACGUAAACAAGACUAUAAACGGACCCUGGGCUUUUCUGUAUGAUUCUUUUCACUGGGUGCGAUACUUGCCUUUACCAUUCACCAAAGCUUUUAAGGCAAGACAGACAGUAAAAGAUAUUAUUAUUCCGAUCAUAAAUGAACACAAGAAGAACCGAGUGCCAGGCGAACCGCAGGACUUUGUAGACUGCUAUCUGGAUGAACUGGAGAAGAGAGGUGACGAUGGCUCUUCAUUUUGUCCAGAGGAAUUGUUCAUGUUCUGUCUUAGUCUUUAUGGAGCAGGGACUGACACUAUAUCCAGCACUCUGCUCACCGGAUUCCUUUACCUGAUGACCAAGCCUCACAUCCAGGAGCGCUGUCAGAAGGAGAUAGACCAAGUGUUGGAGGGAAAGGACGUAUUUACUUUUGAAGACAGACACAACAUGCCUUAUGUCCAGGCUGUGAUUCAUGAAAUUCAGAGGACUGCCAACAUUGUCCCCCUCAGUGUAUUCCACGCCACCACCAAAGACACACAGUUCAUGGGCUACUCCAUCCCUAAAGGCACUAUUAUCAUUCCCAACCUGUCGUCAGCGCUCAGUGAGGAGGGACAGUGGAAGUUUCCUCAUGAAUUCAACCCUGAAAACUUUCUCAACGACAAGGGGGAGUUUGUCAAACCAGACGCCUUCCUAGCAUUCUCUGCUGGUUCUCGGGUGUGUCUGGGAGAAGGUCUGGCCCGUAUGGAGCUCUUCCUCAUCUUGGUGUCUCUUUUGAGGAGGUUUAGGUUCAUUUGGCCUGAGGAUGCAGGAGAGCCUGACUAUGAGCUGCUGUUUGGCAUCACCAUGACAACCAAACCAUAUAACAUGAAAGUGGAGCUGAGGGCUCAGUUGUAAUAUACGACAUAGCCACAAGAGGGCGAUCCUGCUCUUUACGUCUACACCACCGUGCACGCUGAUAUAGACUACUAGAGGAAUCUACAUAGAAAUCAUAGAAGCGUUACUUGUCAAUAUAUAUGACCUGUGUAAACAUUCAUAAUGAACACACUUUAUUAAGAAUGAUUCAGGCCUAGUAACUACUUAAUUAAAGGGGUAGGGCAAGUAGUUAGGAUGGCAUAUAGUGAGUUAAUAAGCCUAAGUUAUUUUUAGUAAAAUUUGUUCAUGCUUUAAUAAUGCUAAUUAAGAGGUAGCUAUCGAUCAUUUUCUUUUUAUUUCUUUUUUUUUUUCUUUUGCUUUUGUAUUACCUAGUGUUGCUGUGUUGUGCCGUAAAAUUUUCUUACUUCCACAUGUACAGGAUUUGCUUUUGCUACUUAAUUUUUUUAAUUUUUUAUUUUUUUUUUACAUUUUACAACAUUAAAAAUAAUCACAAAUUAUUUAGUACAUAUUUAAAAAAGUAAUUUUUAAUAUAUUAAGCUGUUGUAUGGCCUAUUUUUUAUUUUUUUAUUUUAUUUUAUGGAAAAAUAAUAUGUAAGGAGUCAUGUUUUAGUAUAAAUAAGUAUUUCAUUUAUUUAUCAAUAGACAGUCACUCCGUUUCCAGAUGUAUAAAUAUAAAGUUGAACAUUUCUCACAACAAACAGCAUGAACGGACGACAAAAACAUUAAAUACAUAAUUAAUACUUUCAGUUUGGAACAAAUCAGCUCUUAUUUACAACAUAUUUACAACAGACAGAAAAAUGGUCCUCCGCUGGAUGAAUGAAUGAAAUCAAAUGAGAUUUUUUUGGUUUUGUUUUUCUUUCAAAAUGGGAAUAAUAAAGUAUUUUAUGGUGA